CACUGAGAACACACAGCCUCACUCGGCUCUCUCGGUUCUCCUCGUAGCGAUUCUCAAGCACCGCUGCCUUUUUUGGACUUUGUGAACUUUUUGGACUUUACGUCUUUUUGUGAUAAACCAGCAAGAUGGCUUGUGAACUGGAGCCCAUGUCCCGCACCUACCAGUACCGCAAGGUGAUGAAGCCCAUGCUGGAGCGCAAGCGGCGGGCUCGCAUCAACAAGUGCCUGGACGAGCUCAAGGACCUGAUGGUGAGCGCCCUGCAGUCCGAGGGCGAGUCCAUCGCCAAGCUGGAGAAGGCCGACGUGCUGGAGCUGACCGUGACCCACCUGAAGAAGCUCCAGCGCCGCAACCAGCUGGCCAUCCAGCCCCUCCCGACCCACCAGGACAAGUUCCGCGAAGGAUACAGCCACUGCGCCUCCGAAGUGUCCCGCUGCCUCGCCUCUGUGCAGGGCGUCGACGUCACCCUCGGCACCAAGCUCAUGACUCACCUGGGCAUCUCCCUCACCAACUACGAGAAGCGGGCGCCCCUCACCAUCCUCGUGCCCCAGGCCGAGCCCUCGCCCGCCCUCUCCUCGGCCUCCAGUGGAUACUCCUCCGCCUCCGAACUGUCCCCCGCCCCCUCCACCUCCUCCAGCAGGAGCAGCAACUCCCCGGCCGCCAGCAGCACCUCCGGCAGCAGCAGCCCCUCGCCACGCCCUCAGGGCCUCCUGACCAUCGCCGCCCCCUCGGGCCCCAUGUGGCGCCCCUGGUAGGCCAAUCCCCUUCCGCUACCUUACCUGGAGCCGCUGCCUCAGCCGAUGGUUCGCCAGCGACACGCGGAAGCUGACCAAUCAACGAUGGUGUCGACUCUGACGUCACCAGCCAGGAACCAAUGAGGAGAGCAGCUCGAAGACUUCUGUGAUAGUCCCGCCCCCAGGGAUCAGCUGUGAUAGGCCGCCGAGCGGAGUGAUAGUCUCUGUGAUAUUCAUCCUUCAUCGAUCACCCUCCAUCGCCAUCGUCACCCAACGCAAACCAGCGAAUAUAUUAAAUAAAAUCUUAUUUAAAUUUA